GCACCUGCCCAACACCUGCUCAAUUUCUUGCAUUCAGUGUGCGACGUUCAUGAACAACAAUCGGUCGCAGCUUUGGAGGAGGAGUUGAAACUUUGAGCAUGGUUUAAUUCAGUCCGUAUUGUAAAUGAUAUUUAGUCGUUUAGACCAGGGAAUUUAACCGAAUUUAUCCGCCAUAAAAGACAGUGAAUUCAAAAAGAAUCUAUUUUGGUCAAAGAGUGAGAAUACAAAGUUAUAACAACAGAUGUUGCCAUUUUUGUAGCAGAACAUGCCAGAUAUCUUGAUGGACAUUUCUUGCAGGAAAACAGAUUUGUGUAAAAGAUUUACCAGCCUGCAUUUGCCUUCAUCGAGGAAGAAGCCAAGAAGAAAAACUCGAUUGAAGAAACCCCCGCGAAGGCUUAGAUAUUACUCACUUUGCGGUUGGCCAAGCAACGCAUAACCUGUUGCAUUAUAAACUACCAUAAACAAAACAUGCAAGCUCUUGAAGCAAGAUGGACGAAUUAGCUGCAUCGAACGAACGCCAACAGGACGAAGCUCAAGAGAGUUUCCUGAAUUUUGAAUUCUUUCGCGACACUUGGGUGGGACGGUUGAAAAUCGCUGAAUUAAUCUUCGGUCUUCUCGCCGCGGCUCUCGUUCCUGCGACCGUGUAUGGACACGGCGCUGGCUUCGGUUUUAUGAGUUUUGUCGCGUGGACCGCGUUCAUUUGCACGCUGGUUGACUGCUUUCUUCAUCUCAUUCGUGAUAUCUGGGAGAAGUUGGUGUUUGUUCGUGAUCACCCGGAGAUCUAUCUAGUUCUUUGCGCCCUUGGAACGCUUGGACUUUGUCUUGGUUCUAUCAUUGUGUUGGCCAUCUCUACGUACGCAGAGGACCCCAACAUGGCCAGAGCGUCCGGAUUCUUUGGCUUUUUCCUCAUGAUAGCCUUGGGUAUAGAAGCGUUCCUGCAUUUUCAGAGUUUUAAGCGGACAUUGGAGGAAAGAAGAGAGAGACAGGAAAGGUCUGCUACCCACACUGAGGAAGUCUUUACAGAUAUCAGACCUGUUUCAUGAAAACUCAAAAUCGCAAAGAAAAGAAAAUACGUUUUGCCAACAUCUAAGCAUUUAUAAUAACGUUAAUAACGUUAUAAUAGGGCCAUUUAUACGAGGCAAAAAAGUCGCGACUUAUUUAAGACGCGACUUAAAUAAGACGCGACCUGAUAUAAAUAAUUAGAUCAUUUCUUAGCGUCCUAAUUCUGUAUUUAGCGUUUUUGCCACUCCACGUAAUUCUUGUUUUUUCUGGAGUUUUGCUCUUUAUGGUGUCAGCUUUGCUUGUAUUUUCCGCCAUUCUGAUUUCUGACUUUUUCGUAGUCGUGUUCACGCACGCGUUGUUUUUUUAAAUUUAAUUAAGACGCGUCUAAAAUAAAAAAGGUAAAAUCCCUGUUCUUAUCUAAGUCGAGAACAAGUAUUUUGUAUCGUUUAUACGACAAGGUCGCGUCCUAUUUAUUUUAGUCCGGCGUCUUAAAUAAGUCGCUACUUUUUUUUUCUCGUUCAAAUGGCCCUAAUGUUUACAUUUUACAACUCUACGAUAUGUGCACAAAUUUAUAAUCAAACUCUGUCAAUAGAAUUUAUUGGAAAUUUCAGUAACAAUUUGAUAACUAAUAGAGUUUUAGUAACAUUUUAUGGCUUCUAUAAGAGACUAGAGACACUGUCUGCAAUAAUGUAUAUUUCAUGAAGUUCCGAAAGAGCGAAUUUAAGCAAUUUUAGGAUUGCAAUUUCUAAAUUCACGAGCCCGCGACGUUUUCCGUAAGAAAUCAAGAAAUUUACAUUAACAAUUGACUUCACCACCCCUGAGGGGAAUUUCUUUCUUCUAUUGUAACCAUGUGAUAAUGAGUUCCUCUUUUUCCCUGAAGUUGUUAAUUUUACUAUUUCCUG